AUGUGUUCAUCUGAUUCAUUAUAUAUUGGUGUCUCUGCGUAUAAUCGAUCUGUAUGCGUUUGUCCUGUUAAUAAAUUUGGUUAUCAAUGUCUCCUUGAUAAUACGAUUUGUGAAAUGGAGAAGAAUCUGACAUGUCAAAAUGGUGGUCGUUGCAUUCCUGCCGAUGAAUAUACGAUAUCAAACAGAAAAUUUAUAUGUAUUUGUUCAAAAGGUUAUAGUGGUGAUCGAUGUGAAAUAGUUGAUAAAAAAAUUAUUCUAUCAUUUGGAAACGAUAUUGUUGUAUCUCAAUCAAUAUUUAUUCAUUUCAUUCAAGUCAUAAAUAAUGGCACACCCAUUAGAACAACUACUUUUCGAACAAUUCCUCUUACACAACAGUUACUAACAAUUUAUUGGUCACAACCAUUUCAUCUUAUUUUCAUUGAAUUUCUAAAUAAAAUUUAUUAUUUAGCUGUUAUUCAAAAAACGUAUGAACGAUCAACAACACUUACUACAAUGAUAAGGCCAUCAAAUUUUUGUCAACAUAUAAAUGAAUUAUUUAAUGACACAUUUAUUCAGAUGCACUUGAUUCGUCGUAUCAAAUAUUAUCAUUUACCAUGUCAAAAUUAUUCGUCAAAUCUUUCUUGUUUUUAUGAUGAUAGUCAUAUUUGUCUAUGUUAUGAUUAUCAACAAACACGUUUAGCAAAUUGUGUUGAUUUUAAUCAUAAUAUGAAAUUUGAUUGUUUAGGUCAAAGUGUUUGUGAAAAUGAAGGUCAAUGUUUUCAAGAUACUCUAGAUUGUCCAAAAAAAUCAAUAUGUAUUUGUCCAUCAUGUUCUUAUGGAACACGAUGCCAAUUUAGUUCAAGUGGAUUUGCUUUAUCACUUGAUGCUAUCUUAGGCUAUCAUAUUCAACCGAAUAUUAGUCUUAUACAUCAACCGAAUAUUGUAAAAACUAGUUUAGCAUUAACGAUAAUCUUUAUGGUAGUAGGAUUUAUUAAUGGAGCUUUAGCUUUAAUUACAUUCAACAAUAAAACUAUAUGUGAAGUUGGUUGUGGUUUAUAUCUAUUAGGUUCAUCAAUUACUACUUUACUUACAACUAUCAUAUUUGGAUUAAAGUUUUGGAUACUUUUACUUGCACAAAUGGCACUUAUAUCUAAUAGGUUAUUUUUACAAAUUCAAUGCUUAUCUCUGGAUUUUAUUUUACGAAUUUGUCUUAAUAUGGAUCAAUGGUUAAAUGCUUGUGUGGCGAUGGAACGCGCAAUGACAAUCAUAAAAGCUAUUCAUUUUCGUGAGGAAAAAAAUAAACAAAUAGCUAAAAUAACUAUUGUUAUUCUUCCAAUUCUCGUUAUUGGUACAACAAUUUAUGAUCCUUUUUAUCGACAUUUAAUUGAUGAAGAAAAUGAAGAUGAUAAACGAAUAUGGUGUAUUAUUACUUAUCCGACUAGUAUAAAAAAAUUUAAUUCUACUAUACAUACUUUUCAUUUUUUGGCUCCAUUCAUUAUUAAUCUCACAUCAGCUGUUAUUUUCAUAACAAAAAAAUCUCGUCAGAAAUCGAAUCUUCAGACUCGUCAACCUUAUAAAGAACAUUUAAAGGAACAAAUUUGUCAACAUAAACAUUUAUUUACUGCUCCAGUUGUAUUAGUUAUUCUUGCAUUACCACGUUUAAUCCUUUUAUUUGUAUCAAAAUGUAUGAAAUCAACAUAUGAUUCAUGGUUAUUUCUUGUUGGAUAUUUUAUUUCAUUUAUUCCAUCUAUGCUCACAGCCAUGUUGUUUAUAGUACCAUCAAAAUUUUACAAAAAACAACUUCAACAAACUCUCACUGUUUAUCUUACUAACAUCCAACGACAUUUUAAAUCUAUUAUAUAA